AUGGACGAAGACGUGUGGCACUUCCACCUAAGGGAGCUCCUUAAGUUUGAGCUUGUCGGCCCGGCGACACUGCUGGUGGAUAACUUGUCAGCCCAAGUGUCCGUCCCAGCACGACGGGCCGUGGACGACGAGUUGUGCGCGUUUUUGGUGCCCCUGUCAUCAAAGAAGACGAGUGUCCGUCAACUCUUGAUGUCGGGGUGA